UUACAGAGUGAUGGACUUCCUGCUUUGGUCACUUUAAAGAAAGGCUUGGUUGCACUGGCAAGGCAGUGGAUGAAGUUUAUUGUGGUGACACCAGCUUUUAAAGGAGUCAGCUUACACAGACCAGCUCAGCCCCUGAAACCUCAUGCAACUGUGGACCAUGAGCAUGAAGACGGACUUGGGCUGGAUAAUGGGGGUGGUCUUCAGAGUGAUACCAGUGCUGAUGGAGCAGAGUUUGAAUUUGAUGCAGCCACAGUCAGUGAACACACAAUGCUGCUAGAAGGAACAGCCCAGCGGCCACCUCCAGGUAGCUCUGGACCUGUAACGGGAGCUGAAAUAAUGAGAAAACUUUCCAAAACUCACACCCAUAGUGACUCUGCAUUAAAAAUAAAGGGCAUUCAUCCAUAUCAUUCUCUGAGCUACACCAGUGGAGACACUGCCACGGAUUCCCCAGUGCAUGUUGGACGCACAGGGAUGCCAGUGAAGGAGAGUCCAAGGAAGGAGAGCCUGCUCAGCUACCUGACCGGCAGCUUCCCCAGCUUGCACAACCUUCUGGAAGGCACCCCUCAGAGAAGCAGUGCAGCUGUGAAAAGUAGCUCCCUGACAAGAACAGGAAAUUCAGUGGCCACCGACAUGCUGUCUGAGCAUCCCUUGUUGUCUGAGCCAUCGUCUGUGAGUUUCUAUAACUGGAUGUCAAAUGCUGUGGGUAACCGAGGUGGGGCAGUGCAAGAAUCUCCUGUCACAAAAUCAGGACACAACAGUCUUCCAACAGGUGUUGCACCCAAUCUUCCUACAAUACCCUCAGCCUCGGAUUUCAACACUGUCUUGUCUAGUGACCAGAAUACAUUGGAUGGGACACAUUCUCAGCAUAGCACUAGUCAGGAUGAUGUGGCAGGUGUAGAAGAAGCUAACCAAGGGUUUCCUGCUGUUCAGCUAGCUGAUGCACAGGUCGUUUUUAAACCUCUUCUGAGUCAUACAGGCAUCCAGUCACAGGACACAGUGCCACUCUGCUACCGAAUGUACUUUGGAGAACACCUUUCAUUUUCGGGGACUUUGGACUGCCUCAGAGCAGAUAUUGUGGAUUCAGAUACAGCAAAAGAGAGAAAAGGCAAAAGAGCAAGAAGGCAAGGGCACGUGAAUCUUCCUCCACUGGAGUUCAAGCCAGCACUAAUGUUGGAAACGUUUAGCAUCAGUGCUGUGGUAAUGGAGAAGUCUGUAUGCACACCUCAGAACUCCACCAGUGCCCUUUCCUUCCACGAUCUUAACAAGCGCUAUUAUAAUACCUUCCACUGCAACUUCACUAUUUCCUGUCAGUCAAUUAGCCAGCAUGUAGAUAUGGCUUUGGUUCGUCUCAUUCACCAGUUUAGUACAAUGAUAGAUGAUAUCAAAGCAACUCAGACUGACAUUAAACUUAGCAGAUACACAGCCGGAUCAGCUUCCCCAACACCCACUUUCAAAACCAGAAAGCAUCGAGAUUUUCGUUCUUCUGACUUCAGCCGCAGUUCUAGAGGAAGUCUUAAUGGUGGCAGUAGAGUAAAUAAUGCAAAGAACAAACGGACCAACAAUGAGAAUAACAAAAAGGAAUCCCGGAACAAAAAUUCAUUAGGCAGAUCUGAAAGAAGAACUUCAAAAGUGUCUAGGAAAGGUUCAAAAGAUGUGGUGGACCACAUGACUAUUCAUAUGGAUGACUCUGAUUCAAUCACAGUGUCAGAACAAAGUGAGCCUUCGGCUGAGUGCUGGCAGAACAUGUAUAAGCUGCUUAACUUCUAUUCACUCAUCUCUGAUCCAACAGGAAUAUUAGAAAAAUCUUCAGAAACAUUUGGACCUGCAGGAGUGCGGAGCCCUACAGAGCCAACAUGUAAAGUUGUGUUUGAGAAUGAGCAAGACACCAACAGUUUGACCAAGACACAGAGGAAACGUAGCUUGGUGAAUUCUGAGCCUCAGCACGUUACUCUAAUAGUGUUUGGGAUUGGAAUGGUGAACCGCACGCAUCUAGAGGCAGACAUUGGUGGGCUGACAAUGGAAUCGGAACUAAAGAGAAUCCAUGGCAGUUUCACCCUGAAGGAAAAGAUGAAAGAUGUUUUACAUCAAAAGAUGACUGAGACAUGUGCCACUGCUCAUAUUGGUGGAGUUAAUAUCGUGCUUCUUGAAGGAAUUACCCCAAAUAUACAACUGGAGGAUUUUCCUACAUCUCCUACAAGUACAGCCAAACAAGAGUUUCUAACUGUGGUGAAAUGUAGUAUUGCCAAGUCCCAGGCCCUCUACAGUGCCCAGAGGGGACUGAAGACAAACAAUGCAGCUGUGUUCAAAGUAGGUGCCAUCAGCAUCAACAUUCCUCAGCACCCUGCCACCUUGCACAGCAUGAUGGUUCGGAGUUCUCACCAGCUCUCCAAGCAAAUCUCAGAYCUUAUCAGACAGCCUUCUACAGUCCAACAGCCUAUGAAAGAAGAUAUUGCAACUCCACUGCCCUCUGAAAAAACCCCAACAAGUGUUAAUCAAACUCCUGUUGAGACAAAUGAAUUUCCUCAGCUCCCAGAAGGCUUGGAGAAGAAGCCUAUUGUUCUUAAAUUCAGUGCCAUGUUAGAUGGCAUAGCCAUCGGAGCAGCACUGUUACCGUCUCUGAAAGCAGAGUAUAAGAUGGGAAGAAUGAGAAGUCAUGGGAUGACAGGUGCACAGACAAGGUUUACAUUUGAGCUGCCAAAUCACAGAUUGCGUUUUACUUCAAAAGUKUCAGCCACAGAUAUGUCAACCAUUCCUCCUUCUGCCAGUCUUAACCUUCCUCCUGUUACUAUGUCAGGGAAGUACAUAAUGGAAGAACAUGACAGCUACUCUGAUCAGGUGUGGAGUAUAGAUGAACUGCCUUCUAAACAAGGGUACUACUUACAGGGAAAUUAUCUACGUUGUGUGGCAGAAGUUGGUUCCUUUGAACAUAAUCUCACAACUGAUCUUCUGAACCACUUGGUGUUUGUACAGAAAGUGUUCAUGAAGGAAGUCAAUGAAGUAAUACAAAAAGUUUCUGGUGGGGAGCAGCCUAUUCCUCUCUGGAACGAACAUGAUGGAGCAGCAGAUGGAGAUAAGCCUAAAAUUCUCCUCUAUUCUCUGAACUUGCAGUUUAAGGGUAUCCAAGUAACAGCCACAACUCCAUCAAUGAGAGCUGUGAGAUUCGAAACUGGACUGAUUGAACUGGAGCUAUCUAACCGACUUCAAACUAAAGCUUCACCGGGAAGUAGUAGCUAUCUGAAAUUGUUUGGUAAAUGUCAAGUGGAUUUAAAUCUGGCAUUAGGACAAAUUGUCAAACAUCAGGUUUAUGAGGAAGCUGGUUCUGAUUUUCAUCAAGUUGCCUAUUUUAAAACUAGAAUUGGAUUAAGGAAUGCCCUUCGAGAAGAAAUCAGUGGUUCUUCAGAUAGAGAAGCCGUGCUCAUUACUUUGAACAGACCAAUUGUUUAUGCCCAACCUGUGGCCUUUGAUAGAGCUGUGCUGUUUUGGCUGAAUUAUAAGGCUGCCUAUGACAACUGGAAUGAACAGCGAAUGGCCUUGCACAAGGACAUUCACAUGGCCACAAAGGAAGUGGUAGACAUGCUGCCUGGUAUUCAGCAAACAUCAGCCCAGGCCUUUGGCACUCUCUUUCUCCAGCUGACUGUGAAUGACCUGGGAAUUUGCCUGCCUAUCACCAACACUGCUCAGUCUAAUCACACUGGGGACCUGGACACUGGUUCGGCCUUAGUAUUGACCAUCGAAAGCACUCUCAUCACUGCUUGCUCUUCAGAGUCCUUGGUUAGCAAAGGGCAUUUCAAAAACUUCUGCCUUCGUUUUGCUGAUGGCUUUGAGACAUCGUGGGAUGACUGGAAGCCAGAAAUCCGUGGGGAUCUGGUAAUGAAUGCCUGUGUAGUUCCAGAUGGUACCUAUGAAGUGUGCUCAAGGACCACAGGACAAGCAGCAGCUGACAGCAGUAGUGCUGGGACCUGGACUCUCAACGUGCUGUGGAAGAUGUGUGGGAUCGAUGUCCACAUGGACCCUAACAUYGGCAAGAGGCUCAAUGCCCUGGGCAACACCCUCACAACACUGACUGGUGAGGAGGACAUCGAUGACAUUGCUGACCUGAAUUCAGUGAACAUAGCUGACCUGUCUGAUGAGGAUGAAGUCGAUACCAUGUCUCCCACUAUCCACACUGAAGCUGUAGAUUAUCGAAGACAAGGAGCAUCCUCUAGCCAGCCAGGAGAGCUCAGAGGAAGAAAAAUUGUGAAGCGUUUAGUGGAUAUUAGAGAACUGAAUGAACAGGCCAAAGUAAUAGAUGACCUUAAAAAAUUAGGUGCAAGUGAAGGAACCAUAAACCAAGAAAUUCAACGGUACCAGCAGUURGAAUCUGUGGCUGUAAAUGAUAUUCGAAGAGAUGUUCGGAAAAAAUUACGGAGGUCCAGUAUGAGAGCUGCUUCUUUAAAGGAUAAGUGGGGAUUGGGUUAUAAACCAAGUUAUAGCCGAUCAAAAAGCAUUUCUGCCUCUGGAAGACCACCUCUCAAGCGAAUGGAAAGAACAAGUUCUCGAGUAGGAGAAGCUGAAGAGCUCCCAGAAAUCMGAGUGGAUGCAGCAUCUCCUGGGCCCAGAGUAACUUUUAACAUCCAGGAUACAUUGAAAAAUACAGUGUGGGGAAGUACGCCACAGUCCAGCUGUCCUGGGGAAGGGUAUUUUCAGUUUCCAGAAGAGACAGAACUGGACCUUUUGUCAGUAACUAUUGAAGGUCCAUCUCACUACUCAUCAAACAGUGAAGGGUCCUGUUCCGUGUUCAAUUCUCCCAAAACUCCAGGAGGCUUUCCACCAGGCAUUCCUUUCCAACCUGAAGAGGGUCGACGAGAUGACAGCUUGUCUUCUACCAGUGAAGACUCAGAGAAGGAUGAAAAGGAUGAAGACCGGGAGAGGGAAAGGUUUUAUAUUUACCGAAAACCCUCGCACACUUCUCGUAAAAAAGCAACAGGCUUUGCUGCUGUUCAUCAGUUAUUUACGGAACGCUGGCCAACAACACCAGUCAACCGAAGUCUUAGUGGCACAGCUACUGAAAGAAAUAUUGAUUUUGAACUUGAUAUACGGGUUGAAAUUGAUAGUGGAAAAUGUGUACUCCACCCAACCACCCUUCUACAAGAACAUGACGACAUAAGUUUGAGAAGGAGUUAUGAUCGAAGUUCCAGGAGCUUAGAUCAGGAUUCUCCUUCAAAAAAGAAGAAAUUUCAAAGUAAUUAUGCUUCCACCACCCAUCUAAUGACUGGCAAGAAAGUGCCAUCCUCUCUGCAGACCAAGCCCAGUGACUUGGAAACAACAGUGUUCUACAUUCCUGGAGUUGAUGUGAAGUUGCACUACAAUUCUAAGACGCUAAAGACUGAAUCACCUAAUGCUUCCAGAGGGUCUUCCUUGCCAAGAACACUCUCCAAAGAGUCCAAGCUGUAUGGUAUGAAAGAUAGCGCGACAUCUCCUCCUUCUCCUCCUUUACCUUGCACUGUCCAGAGCAAGACUAACACCUUACUUCCUCCCCAGCCCCCACCUCUCCCCUCAGCCAAAGGAAAAGGAAGUGGAGGAGUAAAAACAGCCAAGCUCUAUGCCUGGGUAGCACUUCAGUCAUUGCCGGAGGAAAUGGUUAUUAGUCCCUGCUUGUUGGACUUCCUGGAGAAAGCUCUGGAAACAAUCCCAAUUACACCAAUCGAAAGGAAUUAUACAGCGGUUAGCUCACAAGAUGAAGACAUGGGGCAUUUUGAAAUACCAGAUCCUAUGGAAGAGUCAACAACAUCACUAGUGUCAUCCUCAACGUCAGCAUACUCUUCCUUCCCCGUGGAUGUCGUGGUGUAUGUGCGAGUUCAGCCCUCGCAGAUCAAGUUUAGCUGCUUGCCAGUGUCGAGAGUAGAGUGCAUGCUGAAGCUGCCGUCCCUGGACUUGGUGUUCUCCUCCAAUCGAGGGGAACUGGAGACUUUGGGUACAGCAUGUCCCACAGAGACCUUGUCCCCUGGGGGCACUGCUCCUCAGAGUGGAACAAAGACUAGCAAAACUGGAAUACCAGGCYCAUCAGGAUUAGGCAGCCCUCUGGGCCGAAGUCGGCACAGCAGUAGUCAGUCGGAUCUGACCAGCUCCAGCAGCAAUUCCUCUGGCUUGAGCUUCACUGCRUGCAUGUCCGACUUCUCCCUGUACGUGUUCCAUCCGUAUGGAGCAGGGAAACAAAAAACUGCUGUUUCUGGCCUCACACCUGGAUCAGGAGGAUUAGGGAACGUGGAUGAGGAGCCCACUUCAGUCACUGGUCGAAAAGACUCACUCAGUAUAAACCUUGAAUUUGUGAAAGUGAGUUUGUCUCGAAUAAGGCGUUCAGGAGGUGCCUCAUUUUUUGAAAGCCAAUCUAUAAGCAAAUCUACAAGCAAAAUGGACACUACGCUAAUAAAUAUAUCUGCUGUUUGUGAUAUAGGGUCUGCCUCCUUUAAAUAUGAUAUGCGCCGCCUCAGUGAAAUUCUGGCAUUUCCAAGAGCCUGGUAUAGAAGAAGUAUUGCAAGACGUCUGUUCCUUGGAGAUCAAACAAUAAAUUUGCCAACUUCUGGGCCUGGAACACCUGAUUCCAUUGAAGGCGUAAGCCAGCACCUUUCCCCGGAAUCAUCAAGAAAAGCUUACUGCAGGACGUGGGAACAGCCAAGCCAGUCAGCCUCCUUCACCCACAUGCCUCAGUCACCUAAUGUAUUCAAUGAGCAUAUGACGAACAGCAGCAUGUCACCAGGGACAACAGCACAGAGCCUGAAAUCACCUGCUUCCAUAAGGUCAAGAAGUGUGUCUGAUUCUUCAGUUCCUCGAAGAGAUUCACUUUCAAAAACAUCAACUCCUGUUAACAAAUCAAACAAAGCAGCAAGCCAGCAAGGGACCCCGUGGGAGACACUUGUCGUGUUUGCCAUCAACUUGAAACAACUGAACGUGCAAAUGAAUAUGAGUAACGUGAUGGGAAAUACCACUUGGACAACUAGUGGUUUGAAGAGCCAAGGUCGGCUGUCAGUGGGAAGUAAUCGAGAUCGGGAGAUCAGCAUGUCUGUUGGGCUGGGGAGGUCACAGUUAGAUUCUAAAGGAGGAGUAGUUGGAGGGACCAUCGACGUCAAUGCUUUGGAGAUGGUUGCUCAUAUUUCUGAACACCCAAAUCAGCAACCCAGUCACAAAAUUCAGAUUACCAUGGGUUCCACUGAAGCUCGUGUUGACUACAUGGGUUCAAGUAUCCUCAUGGGCAUCUUCAGCAAUGCUGACCUUAAGCUUCAAGAUGAAUGGAAAGUAAACUUAUAUAACACACUGGACUCAAGCCUGACUGAUAAAAGUGAGAUUUUUGUCCAUGGAGAUUUGAAAUGGGAUAUUUUCCAAGUAAUGAUAUCAAGAUCAACAACACCAGACCUGAUAAAAAUAGGCAUGAAGCUCCAGGAAUUUUUCACACAACAGUUUGACACCAGCAAACGAGCUCUGUCUACUUGGGGACCAGUUCCUUAUCUUCCACCAAAGACAGUGACUAACAACCUAGAGAAAAGUUCACAAGAACAAUUGCUUGAUGCAGCUCAUCAUCGACAUUGGCCUGGAGUAUUGAAGGUGGUAUCAGGAUGCCACAUAUCCUUAUUUCAGAUCCCAUUACCGGAAGAUGGAAUGCAGUUUGGAGGAUCAAUGAGCUUACAUGGAAAUCAUAUGACACUGGCUUGUUUUCAUGGUCCAAAUUUCCGUUCAAAAUCCUGGGCCCUUUUUCAUUUAGAAGAACCAAAUAUUGCUUUUUGGACUGAGGCUCAGAAAAUCUGGGAAGAUGGUUCUAGUGAUCAUUCUACAUAUAUUGUACAAACCUUGGAUUUUCAUCUGGGCCAUAACACCAUGGUUACCAAACCAUGUGGUGCCUUGGAAAGUCCUAUGGCAACAAUAACCAAGAUCACACGGCGUCGCCAUGAAAAUCCACCCCAUGGAGUAGCAAGUGUGAAAGAAUGGUUCAAUUAUGUUACAGCCACCAGGAAUGAAGAACUAAACUUGCUCCGCAACGUUGAUGCUAAUAACACAGAGAAUAGCACUACUGUGAAGAAUUCCAGUUUGUUGAGUGGAUUCAGAGGAGGUUCUAGCUACAACCAUGAAACAGAGACUAUCUUUGCACUACCAAGGAUGCAGCUUGACUUUAAGUCCAUCCAUGUUCAAGAACCACAAGAACCUUCAUUACAAGAUGCCAGCCUAAAGCCAAAGGUGGAAUGCAGCGUGGUGACAGAAUUCACGGACCACAUCUGUGUGACCAUGGAUGCUGAGCUCAUCAUGUUUCUCCAUGAUUUAGUGUCAGCCUAUCUCAAAGAAAAAGAAAAAGCCAUCUUUCCACCUCGGAUUUUAUCUACUCGACCAGGACAGAAAAGCCCAAUUAUUAUGCAUGAUGAUAGUUCUGACAAAGACCGAGAAGACAGCAUCUCUUACACCACUGUGGACUGGAGAGAUUUUAUGUGCAACACAUGGCAUCUGGAACCCACUCUUAGAUUAAUUUCUUGGACUGGAAGAAAGAUUGAUCCAGUAGGUGUUGAUUACAUUCUUCAAAAAUUGGGCUUUCAUCAUGCCAGGACAACCAUUCCUAAAUGGCUUCAGAGAGGAGUCAUGGACCCACUGGACAAGGUUCUGUCUGUUCUUAUCAAAAAGCUUGGCACUGCACUACAGGACGAAAAGGAAAAGAAAGGAAAAGACAAAGAAGAACACUAGGAGAGUAACUUGAUCCAUGAAGAUUUGAGUGUGUCCAUUAAGUUUUGCUACACUGGAGUGUUUUUUAAUUUAAAUUAUAACUUUGAAAUAAUUCUAAUUUUGUGGCCAUUGUAUUAAAAGUUUGCAAGUUAAUGUUUAUUCUAGUUCCACCAUUCUGUGUACAGUGAAGUAUUAUUGCAUGAUAAUGUAAAUUUUGUGAUGAACUAGAUUAAAAUAUACAAAUUUGAUCAUUAGGAGUUAUAAUUGUWUUAUGUGCAAUAUGAUUCCUGCAUCCUUAAAAUAUUUGCAGAAUAACUGUGAAUUCUCUUGUUAUUGGCCAUAACUUUUAGAAAAAAAUUCUUGUUGAUAAUGUGAUGGGAGGACAUUAAUUCCUUUUUUUUUUAAUGUAGACUUGUAUAAAUAUCUAUAUGUAUAUAGUUUGAGUAAUUGUGUUAUGAUGUUUACCACUAAAAUAUUGUUUGUAAUUAUUGUAAUAAAGUCACAAUAAUGGUUU